UUGUCACCUCACAAACUUCAAUUAAACGUUAGAACGGUAGUUAUAAUGUUGCGAAAUAUCAACCAAUUGCGUCUUUGCAACGUCACACGGUUAGCGAUAAAAAAAUUACUAAAUAGAAGCAACUUUACUGAAAGGAAAGUAUAAAUGUUCUCAUACCGUGCAUCCCAAUGAUUCCGACUGAUGUUUCAUUUGAGUUUAAACGACUAAAGUUUCCAGUGCGGCUUGCUCUUGCUAUUACCAUAAACAAGUCCCAGGGGCAAUCAUUAAGUGUUUGUGGUAUUAAUCUGGAAAACCCAUGUUUCUCACUUGGUCAAUUGUAUGUUGCCUGUUCCAGUGUUGGGAAACCAUCAGAUUUGUUUGUCUAUGCGCCAGGUAAUCAAACAAAAAACAUCGUAUAUCACAAAGCACUACAAUGA